AUGGUUGAGGAUUAUUCCGCUGACGGAUUCCUGUCCGCGUUCCGCAGAUUUUCGAGUCGCCGUGGGUUACCGCGUCGCAUGUACAGCGAUAACGGCACCAACUUCCAUGGCGCCGAUCGUGAACUCCAACGGCAAUUCCAAUCAAUGAUGCACGAUCCUGCGAUACGGGAUGCCAUAGCCGUCGACAAAGUCGACUGGGAGUUUAUCCCGUCGGCCGCUCCGCAUUUCGGCGGCCUGUGGGAGGCCGGAGUGAAGAGCUUCAAAGGCCAUCUGAGGCGAGCCAUCGGGGCUCACACGAUCUCGCGGGCUGAAUUUGCGACACUUCUUUGUCAGAUCGAGGCAUGUCUGAAUUCCCGACCGAUUGCUGCUCUUAGCGACGACCCUAGCGAUAUGUCCGCGCUCACACCCGGACACUUCUUAAUCGGGCAACCGUUAAUCGCCGGGCCGGAAGAGUCCGUACUCGAGAUCAACGCGGAUCGCCUUUCCCGCUGGCAGCUCGUCAGCUCCAUGCGGGAGCAAUUCUGGCGCGCCUGA